AUCAGGAUUAUGGAUUCCUACGGAGUCAAGUGGCCCUUCACACGAGAGCCUGCCGCGGCUGUGGCUGGCGCCCCUGGGGGCUGCGCGCCUGGCCGCCAAACGCCCGCCUGCACGCCCGGCGCCGCCUUUCCAGCUGCUGACGCGCCAGACGCUGACGCGCAAGGCGCAGGGGCCGCAGCAGAAACAGGGCGCACGGGCCUGCUGCAGGCCGCCGGAGGUCAUACAGCGGCGGCAGCUACUGCGGCGGCAGCGGCGGCGCCGUCAUCAGCAGCAGCAGGAGCGGCCACGGCGGCCUGGUCGUGCGGCGUGGCACCAAGCGGCAUCCAGAGCCCGGGCCGGGCUGGCUCUGCCCCUGCCCCUGCUGCAUCUGGCCUGCCACCUGAGGCAGGUGCUCAUGGUGUUGGCGGCAGCGGAGGUGGCGGCGGCGACAGCCGCAGCGGUGGCGUGCAGUUUGUUGACGCCGUGAAGGCGCUGCGAUCCGCAGACGUGGUGGCAAUCUGGCAGGGGUUUGUCCAAGCAGCUUCCAGGCAGCUUCUAGCGGCGCAUCAGGAGGCGGACGCGGCGGCAAUGAGGUCGGCGUGGGCGCUGGGCGAUGCUGGUGGCGACAGCCUGGGCGGGAGGUGGUUGGGCCGGCACCGGCCGGCCGGGGCUGGCGAGGGCGGCGGCGGCGGCGGGAUCGCGGAUGGUGGUGAUAGCACGCAGCAGCAAGAGCAGCGGCGGCAGGGCCAGGCGCUGGAGUGCCUGCAGGCGCUGGUGGCGGAGCACAUCGUGUGA